AUGGAGAUAUAUAAGAACUUUGUAAAUCAUGCAACAGCCCUAAUACUGGAACCUGCACAUACGACUGCACCAGGAAUGGAGACAAUAUCCAAGUCUGUUGUGAAGGUGAGGAAAAAGAAAAGCCAAUCACUCAUUUUUUUCAUCGCGGGUCGUUGUUACCUGUCCAUGAAAGUAGGGAAGGUGGCUGCAACUGUCGUAGGAGGAAGCAUGAUCAUUAUGCAGCUGGCAGCUCACAAAGGAUACAUCAAAGUCGACUGGAACCGCCUCAACAAAGACCUCGAGAAGAACGCCAAGAAGCUGAAACGGGAAGUGGAAUCCAACGUAAACGGCAGUGCAGCAGAUCAGAGCACAAUGAAAGAUGCAGCACGUCGCCUAGAUAGAAAGCUUGAAAAGGCAGCUGAAAAGUUAGACCGCAAACUUGGGCAAGCAGAACAAAAGGCCGACUGGUGGUUUAGCAAGAAAUUUGACUCGGCGAGAAAAAUGUACCGGAAGCACGUGCUGGGGGACUCUAGCAACAUUACCGUAGAUGAACUUUAUAUGCUCAACAUGUAUAUUAUGGCAUUUUCUGUAGGAACAAUGCUUGGUGUGGGAACAGGGAAGGUGAUAUGAACUUAUUAAACAGGAAAGCAUUGGAUCGUUAUUUCUCACAUGGCUGUGUGAUGUAAAGGGCCUUUGCAUUGCUAUAUUUACCGUGUGUAGCAAGGUCUAACAGUCCUUUUUUAUUUCUUCCCGGUACUUUUUUUUUUUUUAUCAAGGUUAUAGAUCAGUGUGAGACAUGCAAUGCAGGUAUAUAUAUGUAUAUAUUAUUAUAUUUUUUUUCAUACAUUGUCUUGAUGGAAAAAAGUGUGAUAGGGGACAUGGUACGUAUUCACUUCAGUAUCAUAACUUUUUUUUAUUCAAGUUCCCUUUAAGUUGCUGAGAUAGAUUGAUUUUGCAAGCUUUAAGGACCAUCUUCCUCAAGAGGAAAAAUAAUCAUAUCUUCCAGAGCACCUUAGCAUCUACCUUCCGUCACUUAGCAUACAAAUGUUCAUGUAUAUCUAUAUAUAUUUACUGUAUACUCAAUACUGUAUAUCUGUGAAAGCAUGGGUUAUUAACAGAAAAUGCUGAUAUGAUCACAGAUGAUUUAAUCAAUUAUAGGUCCUGGUGCAGUUCUUUAGUUUGCCAAUGUAGGUUUUCCGUUGCAUAAGAGACAUAGCUGUAGUCAUUCCUUUAUCAAUUUGAUUUUACCUUCUAGCAAUUCCAACUGAAGUUUUCAAGAGUGUGUCAGUAAUCCAGUGAUCUACUCUAAAUGCAUUCUAGUCGAUUGUAUUACAUUUUAUAAUGAAGUAGUAUUAACGAACGAGUAUUUAAUUUUCCAUUGUUGAAUUGUGUUUAUUAACCCAUUCCCAACCUUUGUGUUUAUUUAAAUUGUCAUCCUGUGUGUGUGUCAGUUUUCAAAUAUUAUGACCAAAAUAUCAGGAAAAAAAAAAAAAUCCUUGUUUUAGUGGUAUUAAACAGAACAUAGAAAAAAUAAAUCUGAAACAGGUAUGUGAAUUAAUACAUAUACCGUGUAUUGUGAUGACAGGUGAGUGAUGUUAUAGUCACAAUGAGUAAUAAGUGUCUGGUUUGUGAUUAGUAAGAUGUCACUAUGAAAAAAGAAUGAAAAUAAAAAGUAAAACCAAAAAA